AUGUCGGCUUACGUAGCUGGUUGUAAAUCCUCCCGAAAGUCUUCCCCAAAGCUUGUUGCUCUAGCAGAGUGUAUCAAUAGAGAUGAAUUCAUCUCGGGUUUCUAUAGAAACGAGAGGACAGGUUUGGAUGACGAUCCCCUGCAGUUGUUUGACAAGGCUGACUGCAGCCCUAGAAACCGGACACGGUGUAAAACCCAGACGGUGUACGCUGAUUGGUGGUCCACCUUCGAUAAAGGCGACUCCUGGGCCAACUGCCCGGAUGGUUAUUUCCUAAACGGUUUGUACAGAAGCGACAUCAACAAAGGCCUGUUGAAUAAUAUAGAAGAAGGUAGAUGCUCAAAACAAGCUGACCAUCCGUCAUAUUAUGGACACUGCUAUGACCAUGAUAUCUCAGUAUGCUUUGAUAACAAAGGCUUAUGUAGAUGUAACAACGACUACUACGUCACGGGGAUAUAUCGCGGUGACUGCGAUAAACUAUACUGCCUGGAUAAACUACGGUGUUGCAAGACGGUUUCAGCUCCGGAAGAACUCGACGAAGCGAGUAAGGUGAAGACUCGCAUCAUGGACACCACGAUGUCGGACAUGGCUUUACUGGCACAUUACCUGGGCUACGGCUGGUGCUCGGGUUGCAGGGCACCGUAUGUUGGUGAAGAUUUUAGAAGAACUGGCGACGCAUGGCACGCUGAUAAAAGCGGACGUUGUGAGGGCUACAUGAGCGAUAAACGUCUGAGCAUGGCCUACGGUGACUGGAGAUUUGAAAUAAAUCACAUCAAAUAUGGAACGCCUGUAUUACAAGACUUGAUUCCGGAAACUAUUGAGAUUGUUACUCUUGAAAAUAAUGAAAGCUUUAAAGCCACAAAGACUUACUCGAGAAUUAUUCCGAAAGUACGUAGUGUAACUCACACCACAACAAGUUCUUGGAAACACAGCGACGAGCUGAACGGUCAGAUCAGCUACACACCCCCCUCAACAGUUAAUAGUACACCUGUCGUUUAUACCUUCAAGUAUGAAAACAGCACAGUUACAUCCGACCAAAACAAUAAAGAAAACUUUGGAAUCUUAACUCACAGCACAUCAAAAGACUUGAACCCGCAUUCUGCAGUAAAAUUACAUUAUAUCGUUCACAAAACUAGAACCACUACAACCUACACUGCUACCGUUAUGGCGAAGUUUUCCACUGAGCUUCAAGGAUUUUUGCGCUGGGGUAAUGGACCAAAUAGUAUCGAGUCUAACUACCAUAACACGUAUCGUGGUAGCAAAGAUCGACCCACGUUUAACUACAAAUUCGGCGAUUCCCGCACACCUUUCUACGAGGAUCUGAAAAAUAAAAACGAUGCUAUGUUAUCGCCUUGGUUGUGGGAACUCAUGAAACACGCAUACCCGGAUGCAAAAAGUUUAAUCGACGAUUUGUGUAAUAAAAACAGAUACGUCUUCCAUCUCACUGGGAGGUUUGAUGACGUCAUAAGGAAGAGCUACGAAGUUACAGUGAAACCUGUUAAUUAA